GCUAGGAAGUUAACGCUAGUUGUUACGCCAACUGAAACAAUAAAACAGGCGACGCUAUUUUGUAAUAAAAAAGAAUGGCAGGAAUCCAACCUUAUGCAUUUGAACCGGAGACCGAGACCGAGUCGGAGGAGGAGAUCUCUGAAGAGGAAGCCGGGGGUCGGAGAAAAAUGGAUGUAUCAGAAUGGUGUACAUGUGGGCAUUGCUGCACUAUGGAGACGGAGGCAGAAAACAUUUGUUGCAGAGAGGUGACCGUGGUACUAAAUAGAAUGCAACAGCUGGAGUCACCAGUCCACUGCAUGACAGACCACCCUGGCCUUCAUCCAGUGUGUUUGAGCAUUUAUGCUUUACAAAAUGCCCUCAACUUGUACCAACGGGAUUUCGGGGACAUACCAAUUAGAGGUUAUGGGAACCGUUGUAGAUUCCUGGCGUAUCGGUUUUUUGUUAGCUGGUGCUGGGGGUAUCUGGGCCGGACAGUUCGAGUAGUGAUCCCCUCCUGUGUCGUCCAGCGUGUCCGGCGAAAGUUCCCUGAUGGGACGGGGCAAUAUGUUGGGUUCAGGCCUCCACUCUGAAACGCGACUUGUAUGCUGCCACAGCGUCGUCCAUAGUGGGGUGUACAUACUGCGCUGAGAGGAAGCUGGGGACAUUGAUUGCUCGCACUUCAUCUUGGAAUGGCUAGGGGUUGAGGACGACCUCCUUGAAAAGCAACUCCAUCAAUUCGA